AAUGUCAGCUUCUAAAAUCUUUUAUUCGCCUUCACGUUCUAACGUUUCAAAUGUCUAAGCUUAUGGAGGAGACAGAGCUUUGUCACCUAGCAGAGCCAAAAUCUCACAAUUAUCAGAAAAAUUAUCUAAUCUAUAGCAUUCAAUUGAUGAAGAUUAGGCCGUAUUUAUUUAUAAUUAAGAAUCAAUAGUUUAAAAAGGAAACAUUUGAGAGCAAAGUUAAGAUAUUAGAAGAUAAGGCUACUAAAUAAGCUUAGGCAGACGAUUCAAAAUUUAAGUUAUUGAAGGAAUAACUCUAAAAAGUUGAAGAAGGAGCAUAGAAUGAGAAAAUAAUAAGAGAAGUAUAAUUAUUAAUAAUUAUGCAUAGGCUGGAGAUGAGAAAUUAAGAUCUAAAGAUUUGAAGAGUUUGGAAGGUUUCUUAAAUAGAGAACUAUAAUAAGAAAAAGUUAACAGGAAAGAUUUUGAAGGGAAAAUAAUAAAGAAUACUGAUGAUAAAGUUUAUAGUUUGAGAUUGGAUUUAGCUAGAUAAAAGAAGUAUAGAGAAGAAACAGAAGAGAAGAAUGCUUAAGAAAUUGGGGAUCGUGUGUUAUAAUUGUAAGAGGAGGUUGAAGAAGAGAGAAGAUAAAGGUAAUUGAAAUUUAUUAUUUUUAUAGAGAAUAAUAAAAUUAGGAUACAAUUAGAAGAUUAGGAGAUUCUAUUCUAAAAUUAUAAGAAAUCUUAACUACAGAGAAGAAAUAGAGAGAAUAAGCAUAAAGUUAAAUGUUCAGAAUGUUAGAUGAAAUGAAUCACUAUUUAAAUGGUGAAUUAUAGAGUGAGAAAAGUGAAAGAGAAUCAACUGAAGAGAGUCUUAUCAACUUAAUUGAUUAAACAUGCAACAGAGUUGAAAAUUCAUUAAGAAAAUGAG